CUUUUCUCUCACAUCUCUCCUACUCCACCCACUCUCUUCUUUUCCGUCAAAAACACUCCCCCCCUUCCUUUGUUCGAGGCUGCUACAGUACUCAAGCCAAGCUCCACAAACCUUCCUCCUUCAUCUUCUUGGAAGGAUAUCAUGGGGACUGAGGUGCAUUUGGACGAGUUGAGUGGGGAAGAAGGUCAACUGAAUGGUUUGACAUGGGGAGAUGACGUGGGUGACGCCGUGGGUGACGGUGGUAAUCUCCCAGCUCCGGUGGGUGUUGAACUGAAUGCGACUUCAAGGGAAGAAGUUGAAGAAGGUGUGAAAGUUGAAGCUUUGGACUGUUUGGAGAAGGGUAUACACUUCAAGAUGAUGAAUGGCUUAAGGUCAUGUUUGAAGAACGUCAAAGGUGGGUACCUUGUUACUUGAAAACUUCAUUCUGGGCAGGUACGUCCACAACUCAACGAAGUGAGAGCAUCAACGCUUUCUUCGACCUUUUUGUGCACUCUAAAACAAGUCUAAAACAAUUCGUGGAGCAAUAUGGUUGUGCCUUAAAAUUUAAGGCUGAAAAAGAGUUUCAAGCGGACGCAGAGUCAUUUUCAAAAUUGGUACCGUGUGUUUCGAAAUUUCCUAUGGAGAAACAAAUGCAAGGAAUAUACACAAUGGCGAAGUUCAAGGAGUUUCGAGAUGAAGUGGUUGGCAAGCUUUAUUGUGACAUCAUUCAAUGGGAUGGCGGUAAAAUUUAUCAUGUCAAAGAAGAAGUUAAAAUAACAGAGGACUUUUACAAGACUGUUUACUUCAUAGUGGAAUAUGAUUCUGGCUUGUGUGAAUGCAAAUGUAGUUGUCA